CACUGAUGGGUGACACUGAAAGGCAGCUCAGAUGGGCACUGAUAUGUGGCAUUGAUGUGCACUGGUAGGCACUGAUAUGUGGCAUUGAUGUGGCACUGGCAGGUGGCAUGGAUGAGCACUGACAGAUGGCACUGAUGGACACUGACAGGUGGCACUGCUGGGGCUACACAGAUCAUCAGGGCACACUGAUCAUCAGUGCCCUGAUGAUCACUGUCAGCGUGACAGCUCAUGAGGAGAGAAAUGCCGAUAACCGGCAUUUCCCUAUUAUAUGUGAUCAGCUGUGAUUGGACACAGCUGAUCACAUGACCGAGCUGA